AUGCAUACUCAUCAUCAACAUCAACAUCAACAUCAGCAGCAGCAACAGCAACAACAGCAAGGCCAUUACGGUCAAGCUAUUCAUCCUACACAGCAGCUGGAUAUGCCUGAACAUUUUAAUGCGCCUCUUUUAAUUCCUCAAAUGCAUCAACAUCAACAUCAACAUCAACAUCAACAGCAGCAGCAGCAGCAGCAGCAUCAACAAGAGCAGCAGCAUCAACAAGAGCAGCAGCAGCAGCCAUAUAAUAUGCAUCAGCAACAACAACAACCAUCAUUUGAAAUGUUUGAUUGGUGCUUCAAACAACAGCAGCUACCUCAACACCAGCAGCAGCAUGCUCAAAUAUUUAAUAAUGCACAUCAGACUCCCGUUUCAACUCCAGGUAGCAGUGGUAUCAACAGCCAUACCUCGCCUCGUCCUGAGUAUUUCUAUCCCGCACAACAGCAACCUCAGCACCAUCAUUCAGCACAGCCAAACUCCUCCACCACUCAUUCACCUCGGUUCCAAAUACAACAAACCAUGAAUGAGUACAACAAUACGAACUAUGUGCGCCCAUCUGAGCAGGAAUUGUUACCUCACCAACAGCAAGAACAGUCUGUUGCUAUAGCAACAUCUAAUGCACCUGCUAUACCACCUGUUAAUGUUGCCAUGGCAACCAAUGCCACUGGCUUACCUACUCCAACGUCGGAUGUUAUUUUCCCUGGCACACCUCAAUCUCGUACAUCAAUUCAGUCAUCUGAAUCCAAUUCACCUUAUUUUAACUCUGAACCACCUGCAACUGUAUCUCCGGCAUUAGAUAUACCUCCUCCUCCACCACCACCACCACUUACAAAUGCAUUCGCCGCUAUCGAUCAAUGGGGGAAAUCAAAUCAAGAUGAAGCUAUUCCCGAGUGCUCAAAAGAAAACUACCAUGAAACUCGCUAUUGGAGAAAGACCAAGCGUAGCGAGUCCAUCAGUAGCAACACUUCCAAAAUGGUUGCUGCUGCAGUCGCCGCUGUAGCUGCUCGCUCUGUGCCACGCAAUGCCUCUCCCAUUGAGACAGGACGCCAAUUAAAGAAGGUGGCCCAUAAUGCCAUUGAGCGUCGUUACCGCAACAAUAUCAAUGAUCGCAUCCGUGAUCUCAAGAAUGUUGUACCUGCACUUUACAAGGCCAAGAUCCGAGAAAAGAAAAGCAGAAGUAGCAGCAAGAGCAACAUCGAAGAAGACGAUGAUGAAACAGCAACAGCAGCAGCUGAAUCCUCUGAUGAUGAUGACUCUUCUUCCUCAAAGACGGGUGGAAUCGUGGACGGCGUUGAAGUAGCAAAGAAAUUGAACAAGGCUACCAUUUUGCAUAAAGCAACUGAGUAUAUUCAUCAUCUCAAACAUACAAACGAACUGGCAGAACGUGAGAAUCAAGUCCUUCAGCAAAUUUUGGCUCAAAUGCCUGGUGGCGCCAAGGUGUUGGCUCGUUUCCAAGUGCAAAAAUUAGAUUUCCAACAAGCUGAACAGCAGAGAUUGCUUGCUGAACGCAAAGAAUCCAUGGAGCGCCAAAGAGCUGAACGUCAAAGAAUGCUGCGUGAAAGAGCUGCCCAGAGAGCCGCUUUAGCUGAAUUACUGCCAAAGCCUGAACGUAGACCCUAUCGUAGAAGAGCCAAAAAGGAUGCAGCUACCACUUCAGAUGAAAAGCAGAAAUCAACUCAAGAAAAUACCCAAGAACAAGCAAAAGAUCAACAAACAGCUGCUGGCAGCCAAACUACUACGACUACGACUUCUUCAUCUGAAUUAUCCGCUACUACUGAUACAACGACCGCUACCACUACCGCGACAUCCACGAAUACCAGCGGCAACAAGACAUUCAUGGCCAUGUUUCUCUGUCUAGCUAUUGUAUCCCCUCUCUCGUUUGAAAAUACAGCUGCUCAGCCCUAUCAUGAUGGUCGUGCUUUAUCUCAAGAACAACAGCACAUCUCUAUCCGAUUAUUGCCUUCCGCUGUUAAGCCCAGUGCUUUUGAAUAUUGUUUGUGGGCAAAGAUUGCAUUCGUCCUACUGCUCAUCUGUUAUUUCUUGGGUCACUAUAUCUUGAAGAAACGACAACACAAAAUCCUGCAUUAA